UUAAGUUUCACUUCACAGUGACCAUGGUGUCUUGUAAAGUCCUCUUGGCUUUGGCCUUGGUCACCAUAGUAUCAAGUACUCCAACAUUCCUUCACCACCACCACCACCACGAUCUUCGUGGUGGGCUAAGUCUUAAAGCAAAUCUUGGACUUGGUAUUUCUGGAGGAUUAAACUUGAUAUUUGGGAAACAUAGACUAAACAACAGAGUAUGCGACCAGGACACUCACAAAUUAUUGCUUGGAUAUAAAAAACCUCGUCACAUCCAUGACAUCUAUGGAUUGGUGCCGAAUUUGAUCACAGGAUUGGGUGGCAUCAUUGAUACACACGUUGAUGGGUAUGGUUCUCUGCUCGCAAGAUUGGUGAUUGCAUACUCAAGAAUCUCCGUGUGCCUCAAUAUUAAACCAGGAUCUCCCACGCCGCCAUUCUGCGUACGGGACUUCUCUCAGUUUGGAGUAAAAGGAUGCGGAAAGAAUGCUCUCGAAAUAGUUCAGCGAUUCCAAGUUAUCAACGCGGUUCAACUCGUCAAUGCUCACAUCCACAAAUACACCGAUGGCAGAGGAAUCGGUUCGACAAAGGGCUUCAUUUACGUGAUGUUCAAGAUUGGUCUGGAAAUUGCUCAGGGAAUUGACAACAGACAAAAUAUCAACAAGAAUUCUUUCAACUGGGUGUUCCUGCAAGUUACCAUAUUGAUCGGUGCUUUCGGGAACUCCUACAAAGCGGACUUGGGAGCUUCAGUUUCUUUGGGAAUAAUCAAGACAUGCCACCCAAUUCUUCACAAACACGGAUAUCCAGGCGUCUUGCACUUGUGGCAGGAAGUGAACCUUAUAAUAAAACCAUGUAAUGGUAUCAGAGGACCAUUUAAUCCAAUUGAUGACAAUGAUGGUGACGAUAAAGACAUUGAUUUAGGUGAUUGGAAUGAUGAUAAUGAUGACGAUGAUAAUGAAGGCAGCUCUGGCACUGGAAAAGGCGUCGGACAAGGACAAGGCAACUCCAACGAUGGUGGUAGCUCUGGCUCUGGAUAUGGAUACGGACAAGGACAAGGCAACUCCAACAAUGGAGGUAGCUCUGGCACUGGAAAAGGCGUCGGACAAGGACAAGGCAACUCCAACAAUGGAGGUAACUCUGGCACUGGAAAAGGCGUCGGACAAGGACAAGGCAACUCCAACAUUGAUGGUAGCUCUGGCACUGGAAAAGGUGUGGGACAAGGACAAGGCAACUCCAACGGUGCUGGUAGCUCUGGCUCUGGAUAUGGAUACGGACAAGGACAAGGCAACUCCAACGGUGCUGGUAGCUCUGGCUCUGGAUAUGGAUACGGACAAGGACAAGGCAACUCCAACAAUGGAGGUAGCUCUGGCACUGGAAAAGGCGUCGGACAAGGACAAGGCAACUCCAAUGCUGGUGGUAGCUCUGGCUCUGGAUAUGGAUACGGACAAGGACAAGGCAACUCCAAUGCUGGUGGUAGCUCUGGCUCUGGAUAUGGAUACGGACAAGGACAAGGCAACUCCAACGAUGGUGGUAGCUCUGGCUCUGGAUAUGGAUACGGACAAGGACAAGGCAACUCCAACAAUGGAGGUAGCUCUGGCACUGGAAAAGGCGUCGGACAAGGACAAGGCAACUCCAACAAUGGAGGUAACUCUGGCACUGGAAAAGGCGUCGGACAAGGACAAGGCAACUCCAACAUUGAUGGUAGCUCUGGCACUGGAAAAGGUGUGGGACAAGGACAAGGCAACUCCAACGGUGCUGGUAGCUCUGGCUCUGGAUAUGGAUACGGACAAGGACAAGGCAACUCCAACGGUGCUGGUAGCUCUGGCUCUGGAUAUGGAUACGGACAAGGACAAGGCAACUCCAACAAUGGAGGUAGCUCUGGCACUGGAAAAGGCGUCGGACAAGGACAAGGCAACUCCAAUGCUGGUGGUAGCUCUGGCUCUGGAUAUGGAUACGGACAAGGACAAGGCAACUCCAACAAUGGAGGUAGCUCUGGCACUGGAAAAGGCGUCGGACAAGGACAAGGCAACUCCAACGAUGGUGGUAGCUCUGGCUCUGGAUAUGGAUACGGACAAGGACAAGGCAACUCCAACAAUGGAGGUAGCUCUGGCUCUGGAUAUGGAUACGGACAAGGACAAGGCAACUCCAACGAUGAUGAUAGCUCUGGCUCUGGAAAAGGUGUCGGACAAGGACAAGGCAACUCCAACAAUGGUGGUAGCUCUGGCUCUGGAAAAGGUGUAGGACAAGGACAAGGUAACUCCAACGAUGGUGGUAGCUCUGGCUCUGGAUAUGGAUACGGACAAGGACAAGCCAACUCCAACAAUGGUGGUAGCUCUGGCACUGGACAAGGCUUCGGACAAGGACAAGGCAACUCCAAUGCUGGUGGUAGCUCUGGCUCUGGAUAUGGAUACGGACAAGGACAAGGCAACUCCAACGAUGAUGAUAGCUCUGGCUCUGGAAAAGGUGUCGGACAAGGACAAGGCAACUCCAACGAUGGUGGUAGCUCUGGCUCUGGAUAUGGAUACGGACAAGGACAAGGCAACUCCAACAAUGGAGGUAGCUCUGGCACUGGAAAAGGCGUCGGACAAGGACAAGGCAACUCCAACGAUGAUGAUAGCUCUGGCUCUGGAAAAGGUGUCGGACAAGGACAAGGCAACUCCAACAAUGGUGGUAGCUCUGGCUCUGGAAAAGGUGUGGGACAAGGACAAGGCAACUCCAACGCUGGUGGUAGCUCUGGCUCUGGAUAUGGAUACGGACAAGGACAAGGCAACUCCAACGAUGGUGGUAGCUCUGGCUCUGGAUAUGGAUACGGACAAGGACAAGGCAACUCCAACGAUGAUGAUAGCUCUGGCUCUGGAAAAGGUGUCGGACAAGGACAAGGCAACUCCAACGAUGGUGGUAGCUCUGGCUCUGGAUAUGGAUACGGACAAGGACAAGGCAACUCCAACAAUGGUGGUAGCUCUGGCACUGGAAAAGGUGUGGGACAAGGACAAGGCAACUCCAACGCUGGUGGUAGCUCUGGCUCUGGAAAUGGAUACGGACAAGGACAAGGCAACUCCAACGAUGGUGGUAGCUCUGGCACUGGAAAAGGCGUCGGACAAGGACAAGGCAACUCCAACAAUGGUGGUAGCUCUGGCACUGGAAAAGGCGUCGGACAAGGACAAGGCAACUCCAACGAUGAUGAUAGCUCUGGCUCUGGAAAAGGUGUCGGACAACGACAAGGCAACUCCAACAAUGGUGGUAGCUCUGGCUCUGGAAAAGGUGUAGGACAAGAACAAGGUAACUCCAACGAUGGUGGUAGCUCUGGCUCUGGAAAAAGAUUCGGACAAGGACAAGGCAACUCCAAACAAGGCAGUGACGGCUUCGGAUUCGGUUUUGGUUUCGGUUCUGGCCAAGGAUCUUUUAAAUAUGGACAAUGUAUUAAUGUGGUUGCUAUUCCGUCUUUCAAUGGUUAUAGAUCAAACCCAUUCUCUAGCAACUAUGAAAGUGGUGUUUCCUGGGCAUUUAUACCAGAGUCUGACUUCAAUGGAAAUAAUUACAGAAACAGUGCAAGAAUUUAUUAAUUACUUAAUAUUAUUAUUUUCUGACAAUUGUAAUGUCCAGUAUUAUAAUGGAUUUGCAUUUUAUUAUAUUUAAGGAUGAGCAUUUA